CCUAAACCAGACCCCACUGUCAUCCCUAAAGAACAAAUAUCCCCUAAACCAGAACCCACUAUCACCCCUAAAGAGGAAAUAUACUCUAAACCAGACACCACUGUAACACCAAAAGAGGAAAUAUCCUCUAAACCGGACCCAACCACCACCACUAAAGUAAAAACUUCCCCUAAACCAGACCCAAACAUCACCCCUAAAGAGGAAAUAUCCCCAAAACCAGACCCCACUAUCACCCCUAAAGAGGAAAUAUACUCUAAACCAGACACCACUGUAACACCAAAAGAGGAAAUAUCCUCUAAACCGGACCCAACCACCACCACUAAAGUAAAAACUUCCCCUAAACCAGACCCAAACAUCACCCCUAAAGAGGAAAUAUCCCCUAAACCAGACCCCACUGUCACCCCCAAAGAAGAAACAUCCCCUAAACCAGACCCCACUGUCACCCCUAAAGAGGAGACAUCCCCUAAACCAGACCCCACUGUCACCCCUAAAGAAGGAACAUCCCCUAAACCAAACCCCACUGUCACUCCUAAAGAGGAGAUAUCCCAUAAACCAGACCCCACUAUCACCCCUAAAGAACAAACAUCCCCUAAACCAGACCCCACUGUCACCCCUAAAGAGGAGACAUCCCCUAAACCAGACCCCACUGUCACCCCUAAAGAAGGAACAUCCCCUAAAGAAGGAACAUCCCCUAAACCAAACCCCACUGUCACUCCUAAAGAGGAGACAUCCCCUAAACCAGACCACACUUUCAACCAUAAACAGGAGACAUCCCCUAAACCAGACCCCACUGUCAACCCUAAAAAGGAGACAUCCCCAAAACCAGACCCCACUUUCACCCCUAAAGAGGAGACAUCCCCUAAACCAGAACCCACUGUCACCUCUAAAGAGGAGACAUCCCCUAAACCAGACCCCACUGUUACCCCUAAAGAAGGAACAUCCCCUAAACCAGACCCCACUGUCACCAAUAAAGAACAAACACCCCCUAAACCAGAACCCACUGUCACCCCUAAAGAAGAAACAUCCCCUAAACCAGACCCCACUGUCCCCUCUGAAGAGGCCACAUCCCCUAAACCAGACCCCACUGUCACCCCUAUAGAACAAAUAUCCCCUAAACCAGAACCCACUGUCACCCCUAAAGAGGAAAUAUCCUCUAAACCGGACCCAACCACCACCCCUAAAGAGGAAAUAUCCCCUAAACCAGACUCAACUCUCACCCCAGAAUCAACAACCUCCCCUAAACCAGACUUAACCCUCACCCCAGAAUCAACAACCUCCCCUAAACCAGACUCAACCCUCACCCCAGAAUCAACAACCUCCCCUAAACCAGACUCAACCCUCACCCCAGAAUCAACAACCUCCCCUAAACCAGACUCAACCCUCACCCCAGAAUCAACAACCACCCCUAAACCAGACUCAACCCUCACCCCAGAAUCAACGACCACCCCUAAACCAGACUCAACUCUCACCCCAGAAUCAACGACCACCCCUAAACCGGACUCAAUACUCACCCCAGAAUCAACGACCACCCCUAAACCAGACUCAACCCUCACCCCAGAAUCAACAACCUCCCCUAAACAAGACUCAAUCCUCACCCCAGAAUCAACGACCACCCCUAAACCAGACUCAACCCUCACCCCAGAAUCAACGACCACCCCUAAACCAGACUCAACCCUCACCCCAGAAUCAACAACCUCCCCUAAACCAGACUCAACCCUCACCCCAGAAUCAACAACCACCCCUAAACCAGACUCAACCCUCACCUCAGAAUCAACGACCACCCCUACAGAAGAGAGUGAAACGAUCAGCAGUGGUGACAAAGCUAAGACAAUCACACCAACAGAGAAACAGGUGUCUGCAGUUGCAGAGAGCAUGGAUUCACACAGGGAGGCGCCAGAGAGCAACACAACUCAGGAGAAACCAGAGGAAAGUAUGGCCAAAGAGCCUGAGAAGGUUACAGAUCCCAAAGAUGAAACCCCAAAGACAGAGAGCGUGAAGACCAAGUCCUCUGAGUUACAACCUGAACAUGUGGAGAUAUCUAUUACAAAGACAUCUCCAGUGAAAGAACAGGAUGUAUCAGACGUAGGUUUGAAAGAGAAAACAGUUGAUGGGAAGAUAACAGAACAGGCGCAAUUUAAAAUAGACGAGAACGGCUUUACAGGAGGUGAUGGAGAGAGCAAAGAUGACACAACUUUGAAGAAGACAACAGGAUAAGAUGCUGAGCCAAUCGCAGAGAUGCAAGCUAAACCUAAAACUUGGGACUUAACCUCUUUUUAGAAUGACUAGAUUUAGAGGUCAGUAGAGGUUUUCUGUAAAACUGCAUGGUUAGUGCAAGCCUUUAAAGCAAUAUGAGCACUGCUCCGCCUUAAAAAAUUUACUGACACUUAAUAUGUACAGUAUCAUGGUUUGUGACUGUCAAUUAUGAGGCACAGUUAAUGAACUCCUGUGAGAGAGAUGUACUGUAAUAUUGAAUGUAACAAAUCAAAAGCUGUAUUUUGCUGUAUCUAUUUACUUCUGCCCAAUGGAUGUGAAUGUGCAUAGGAAUGAUCAUGUGAAUGGUUGAUAAUGUGAUUUGAUCAUGCUUGAAUGUGCUGAGCAAU